CCCCCCCCCCCUCUCAGAAGAAAGUCUUUGGACAAAGUUUUUGCAAACUUUUGGGCAAAGCGGACACUGCGGGAGAUCAGUAGCUGGGAGGCGCCCACCCUGAGCCCCUCUCCCCAGAGGGGGAACAAACGCACCAAAAAACAGGGGGCUUUUUAGUUGGUUCCUCUCGUAUCGUCCCGGAUGACAUGGGAAACACUGGAAGUCUGGAUGUGCAGACGAGUUUGAGUGAUCAAACCAUGCCGCUGAAAUUGCCAAUGCCCGAACAAUGCGAGCUGGAGGAGAGAUUCGCGAUGGUUUUGAAUUCGAUGAACCUGCCUCCAGAUAAGGCACGGCUCCUACGACAGUACGACAACGAGAAGAAGUGGGAUCUCAUCUGUGACCAGGAACGAUUUCAGGUGAAGAACCCUCCGCACACGUACAUCCAGAAACUCAAGAGCUACCUCGACCCAGGAGUCACCAGGAAGAAGUUCCGUCGCCGGGUGCAGGAGUCGACGAAGGUGCUGCGUGAGUUGGAGAUCUCACUGCGCACCAACUACAUUGGAUGGGUUAGAGAGUUUCUAAACGAUGAAAACCAGGGCCUCAAUGUACUGGUUGACUACCUGUCCUUUGCACAGUGUGCGGUCAUGUUUGACAUUGACCUUGUGGAGAAUGGUGAUGAUGGUGCACUCGACAAACCCAAACCCUGGGGCAGGUCUAUAGAAGAUUUACACCAGAGCAAUGUCCUGCCCCUGGCUUUCAGCAACAGCCUGUCUCGCUCUGCAAGGCAAUCUAUCCUACGCUACAACACGCUGCCCGACAGGAAGUUUCUGAAGAAUUCCAGGCUCGUGUGCCAGAAGGAUGAUGUCCAUGUGUGUAUCAUGUGUUUACGGGCAGUAAUGAACUACCAGUACGGCUUCAAUUUAGUUAUGUCCCACCCACACGCCGUCAAUGAAAUCGCACUUAGCCUGAACAACAAGAAUCCCAGAACCAAAGCCCUGGUACUGGAGCUACUUGCAGCCGUCUGCCUCGUGAGAGGAGGGCACGAGAUCAUUCUCUCCGCGUUCGACCAUUUCAAAGAGGUGUGCAAAGAAAAGCAUCGCUUCGAGAACCUGAUGGAAUAUUUCCGCAAUGAAGACACCAACAUAGAUUUCAUGGUGGCGUGCAUGCAGUUCAUCAAUAUCGUGGUCCAUUCUGUGGAGGACAUGAACUUCCGGGUCCACCUGCAGUUCGAGUUCACCAAGCUGGGCCUGGACGAGUUCCUGGAGAAAUCCAAGCACACGGAGAGCGAUAAGCUGCAGGUUCAGAUCCAGGCCUACCUGGACAACGUGUUUGACGUGGGUGGUCUACUGGAGGAUGCCGAGACCAAGAACGCAGCCUUGGAGAAGGUGGAUGAACUGGAAGAACACAUGUCGCACUUAACGGAGAAGCUUCAGGAACUGGAGAAUGAAAACAUGAUGAGGGUGGCAGAACUGGAAAAGCAGUUGCUCUAUCAAGAUAACGAACUGGAAACGAUUAAGGAAACCUACAAGGAUGCCAGCAGCCAGGUGCACACCCUGCGGAAGAUGAUCAAGGAGAAGGAGGAGGCGUUCCAGCGGCAGUUUCGCCUGGGGAGGCAGAUGGGUGGGCUGCAACACGGACUCCUGGCCGACUGUCCGGAUGGAGACCCUUCUCUGCUGUCUCGCUCUUCCAUGGACUUGGAGCUGAUUCCAAGCAUUCCUCCUUCACCCACGCCCCCAACGCCUCCUCCACCACCACUGGCCCCACCGCUACCAGGUCAAGUCCCUGCACCGCCCCCACCACCCAUCGCUCCUCCAUUACCUGGUAGCGCUCUGUCGGUUAUCCUCAGCCAUGGAUUGUCAGCCAUUCGGAUCAAGAAACCAAUUAAGACAAAAUUCCGUUUGCCGGUAUUUAACUGGAUGGCACUGAAACCCAAUCAGAUCAACGGGACGGUCUUCACCGAAAUCGAUGACGAGAAGAUCUUGGAGGAGCUUGACCUGGAUGAAUUUGAAGACCUCUUCAAGACGAAAGCCCAGGGACCCUCCAUUGAAAUCUCCUGUCAGAAAGGCAAAAGUGCGCAGAAAGCGCUGAGUAAAGUGAUGCUGCUCGAAACCAACCGAGCAAAGAAUCUCGCCAUUACGCUGCGCAAGGCUGGCAAGACAACAGAGGAGAUUUGCAGGGCCAUUCAAAUGUACGAUUUGAAGACCUUGCCCCUGGACUUUGUGGAGUGUUUGAACCGUUUCCUGCCUCUGGAGAAUGAGGUGAAGCUGCUGAAGCAAUAUGAGAAGGAGAGAAAGCCACUGGACGAUCUGUCCAACGAGGAUCGCUUCAUGAUGCACUUCAGCAAAAUCGAGCGCCUCUCCCAACGCAUGACCAUAAUGACUUUCGUUGGCAACUUCGCCGAAAACAUCCAGAUGUUGAAUCCGCAAUUGAAUGCAAUAAUAGCAGCCUCGAUGUCUAUCAAGACCUCACAGAAGUUGAAGGCUAUGUUGGAGGUGAGGAUUAUCCUGGCGCCUUAGGUGACUAUGGCACCUAGCAAACGUGGAGCUGUAGGCUUCAAACUGCAGAGCUUGCACCAGCUCUCAGACACCAAAUCGACGGAUCGGAAGCUGACCCUGCUGCACUACAUUGCGAUCGUCGUGAAGAGGAAGUACUGCAACAUCGCCACCUUCUGGAACGAGCUGCAUUACAUCGAGAAAGCCGCAGCAGUUUCGUUGGAAAAUGUCCUGUUGGACGUGAAGGAGAUGGGCCACAACAUGGAACUGGUGAAACGGGAGAGCAAUAAGCACGAGCAUAACCUGGUGCUGAAGGAUUUCCUGUCACUAAAUGAAGGGAAGUUGGAAAAACUGCAACGAGACUCCAAAACUGCGCAGUGGCAAUGUUUCCUGCAGUCUCCCUGCCCCAGGAACAAGCGGCAGCACCAGGAGCUCAUUGCAGAGCUGCGGAAGCGGCAGGUGAAAGAACACCCGGCCGUGUAUGAAGGCAAAGACGGGACCAUUGAAGACAUCAUCACAGUGCUGAAGAGUGUGCCCUUCACAGCCCGGACUGCCAAACGAGGCUCUCGGUUCUUCUGUGAAACGACGUUAUGUGAUGAGUCCAACUGUUAAUGUUUCUGCCGUUUACAGACUCCAAUUGCAACAGGUCUUGGAAACCGACCGUACUGGCGCGCAGACGCGGUGAUGCGGCACGCAUGGAAACACCUCUGAAGAAAGGACUUGGGUGGGAUUGGGUGAGAUUGGAG